CAGGCAGUGGUCUAUAUCGAGCGAAAGCCUGCGUCAUAUUAAUAGAUCUUGAUAAGGUGAAUGGAAAUUCAGCCAAUCGAGUAGCCGUAUCACGAAGAUAGCCAACGUUGAUUGGCCAAGAUUCCAAGAUUAAAACGGCACCGUUUGAGCAUUUGGCGACAAUGACGGCCGACGAUGGACUUCGCCUCCUGGGUGGAAGCAGCGGGUUCAAGGAAGAAGACCUGGAGUCAAAUCGAGUGAUCUUGUUCAUCUUCCUCGUAGUGCUCUUCGUGGCGACGCUCGAACUCGCACUCCAUCACAUUCACCGAGUGUGUCGACAACACCCCAAAUACGCCAAGAUGCUGCACAAAACGACACAGGAACUCAUGAUCGUGGGGCUCAUCUACAUGCUGGUCAAGUUCUGCGUGUACUCGAAGCUGGCGGAGAAGGGUGGACCGGUGUACUACGCGUUGGAUGCGGCGGAUGUGUUUGUGUUCUUCGUCACGAUGGCGCUGGUGUUCCAAGCGAUUGUCGUGUUCAUUCGGCUGCGCAAGUCCAACAUUGAAAUGGAUAAGCUAUCCGUCAUGAGCGCGGUGGAUCUGGUGGCGAUUGCACGACAACGUCUGGACGAGGCCGCCGCGUCCAAGUCGUGGUGGCGCCAGUUUCGCGCGUGGCGAAAGUACGAAGAUCGCAUGGAGAUGAAGUUGCUCGGGCAGUUCUUCCUCAACGUGUACGAACUGCCGCAACUGUUCUCGUUCGCCAAGUAUAUUCGAGAGGUCCAAGACAGCCAGAUUGCCAAGUUCAUCGAAGUGGACCUGAGCACGUGGGUGCUGCUGCUCGGGGUGUUUGCGCUCUACUUUGCGUCCACGGGACAACUCAACUCGCCGUACCGCGUCUCCGAAAGCUCCAUUCGACUUGUGGCGUUCGCCACCUUUGUGUGCUGCCUCACUGUCGCGAUGCUCGGGUUCUUCUUCUACCUCAAGCACUUGGUGACGGUGUUGCUUCAACAUGCCACCGACCGGGCACUGGAAGGGUCGGCGAUGACGCUGAUCGUGCCUCUCGAUGGAAAUGCCAAAAAGCGCAAAAUGGAGUUUCUCUUUGAAGCCAUGAACGACGUGAUUGAGAAGGAAUCGCAUGAGGACGCCGACCUUCCCGCGGAUGAAGCCAUCGCACGCAUGCGGUACGUCGCGGACAAGCUGUACCAUGGCAAGGUCCGCGAUCACAGCUGGGUAAAAGCGGACUUGUUCUGCCAACUUAUCAUGUCCGGGUACCGCAAGUGUCGAGGGAAGUCGAGUGUGCACCAGAAUUCGCUUCGGUGCAAACUUAUGCACGAUGACAAGCCGAUUCGCCUGCCGUUUUUCUCGCGGAAGGCGUGUCAUGUGGUCCUGCAGAGCAUACUCAUCGCGAACGGCUUCUUCUACGCGCUUCUGAUCAACUGUGUGUUGGUUGUCACGGAAUGGAACCAAGUGGUGGCGAUCCUGUUGCUGCUCGUGCCAUUGUUCUUCAACACGUUGGUGUUAGCGCCCGACGUCGUGCGGCAGUUCUCCAUUUUGAACGGGACGUGGCGCGUGGGCCGCAAGAAGCUUAGUUCCGUCAUCGAGCACUUUGCCCAGGUUGAAAAGAUGAAGCAGCGCAUGUGCGUGCAGAUCCACACGUUCUUCCUGGAGCAUCAAAAGACGCUGGCCGACCUCCAAGCCGCGCUGGAGGAGGCGGACGCGGCUGACGCAGACGCAAACGACGGGUUCAUCGACUUGGACGUAUGCCGGGAGACCCUCAAGGACUUUGGGUUCCUCUUCGCCAGGCACAAGUUCAACACGUUCGUGCGCCUCGAGUUUGACACAAAGGGCGAGACCAUUCGGUACUCGGACCUGCUCGAGAUCUUGAAGCAUGUUCCGACAAGCGAAGCCAUGCUCAAGCACAUGCAUAGUAUGGCGGUGUAGUAGUGGGGCGUAGGUACAAAUGUACCCUGGCAAGAACCGAAGUGGAGUGACGUUCUUUCUGCGGUACAGUACAUUCACAUGAUAUAACAAUGGUCCAGUUAUAACAGUUAUAACCAAGAUAUCACGGAAUACGUA